CUGUCACUGUCAGUUAACACUUGACAAUCUUGACAUGUAGUUCGGCCUCGGUUGUCGAUCUGAAUUUCGAACGUUUAUUUUUACCAACAUUACUGCGUAUAUUUUGAUUAAAACAUGCAACAGUUUACAGUAUUCAUGGAUAUCGAAAGCUCCCGCUCGUAUAUCGACGAGUUGUAUUCUUCGGAUGCGGUGAAGGUAAUGGAAGCUUUGGUAACGCUGAAGAACUCGGUAAUAGGGAGCAACAGACAGAAGAGUUCAGUGAUCAGUCAAGGGGUAGUUCCAAGGCUGCUACAAUUGAUGUCUGAAGAAUCACUGGAUCCGAACAUUAGACUAGAGGCAACUAUUACAAUAGGUUCACUUGCAAAAGGCACACCAGAAAAUAUAGACUCUCUAAUUGAAAAAGGAACAGCUACAGCAUUAGUGGAAAUGCUUAAGACGGUACCACUUGGUUCAAAACUUGCGGAGGCAGCUCUGUGUGCCUUAAGGAGUAUAUUCUCGCAUAAACCUGCACCAGUUGAUGCCUUACCGGCUGACAUGAGGUUGCUCACAAGAUUAACACAGAUUGCGCGGGAAGACUCUCAGGAAGCGCGCACUAGUGUGAUACGUGUGCUGGCUGUAUGGUGCAGCGGCACUGUAGAACAAGAAGCCUUGACGUGUGCGGGAGCGUGCUCGGCCGCCGCCGCGAUGCUCGUGGUGCCGCCCCGCUCGGUGCCUUCGCCCUCGCGACUGGUGCCAGCCCUGGAAUUACUAGCCGCCAUGUGCUUCAAGAAUCCCAAUGUUGCACAGGUCGCUUUGAAUACAAGGCACGGUGAUAAAUCAAUACCGGAAUUACUAAUGUGCCUGGUGUCUCGCGACAAGCCUCUCGUAGUGGCGUUGAAAGCUGCCAAAUGUCUCACUUUCUUACAGAGGGCCGGCGCUCUGCCAGCCGACGACAGCAGGAUCGUUUUCGGAGCUCUUCCGUGUCUGGCGCGUUUGUGUACCAAAGAGAACACGGAAGACAUCCGAGCGUCCGCCGCCGAGGUGCUCGCCUAUUUGACCGAGGUCGACACGUCCCUCCAGCGUUUAGCGGCGAUAUCGAAUCACUUGAUGAGUUCCCUGGCGGACAUCGUGAACUGUCAGUCCGCGGCCGCCAAGCAAGGCGCGUUCAAAUGUUUCGCUUCGCUCGGAGCGAACGACGAGGACAUCAGGAAAAUGAUCAUCGAAACCCACGGCCUGAUGGUGCACGUCGUCAACGGACUGAACAAUCCUGAUCCCUGUGUGAGUCUAGCGGCCGUGCGGUGCUUGCAUUCGUUGUCAAGAUCGGUUCAACAGCUGCGAACGACUUUUCAGGACCACGCGGUGUGGAAGCCUCUCAUGCAGCUGCUGAACGAUUCUCCGGGCCCUGAACUAUUGAACGUCGGUUCGUCGACCUUGUGCAAUCUGUUGCUCGAAUUCUCACCGGCCAAAGAACCGAUGCUCGAUCAAGGUGCAGUUGAGAUGCUGUGUAAUUUGACAAAAAUGUCGGAUCCCGCGUUGAGAUUGAACGGGAUUUGGGCGUUAAUGAACAUGGCUUUUCAGGCGGAACAGAAGGUGAAGCAGCGCAUCCUGUGCUGCCUGGGCACGGAGCAGAUGUUCCGUCUGCUGGGCGACAGCGACACGCGCGUCAUCAUGAAGAUGCUGGGCCUGCUGCGCAACCUGCUCUCCACCAGGCAGCACAUCGACGCCAUCAUGAGCGAGUACUCGUCGCAGGUCAUGCAGCUUGUUCGGCAGGCAGUAAUAGUGGUGCUGGAGGGUUCGUAUCCAGCGGAGGUGAAGGAGCAAGCCUUGUGUAUACUGGGGAAUAUCGGCGACGGUGAAAAAUCGAAAGAUCUGAUAAUGGCCAACGAAGACGUGCUCCGGAAACUUGUUGAUUAUUUGGCGCACCCGGAGAGCAAGUUGCAGGAGGCGGCGCUGUUCGUGGCCGGCAACCUGGUGUGGCGCGGGGAGGCGGGCGCCGCCGCGCGACAGCAGCGCCUCGCCGAGCUGGGCUUGCUGCGCGCGCUCAAGCUGCUGCGUGCCUCGCACCACGCCGCGCACCUGCACGACAAGGUGAAGACCGCUCUGGCGCAAUUCAAUGAGUUCACAUAAUAUCACAAGAGUCGCAAACGUAAACGCAUGCGACGCCACUGAGCUCGUCCGGCGCUAACGUUCUGCACAACGGUCACCGUCGGACGGUACGCACCGUAGUAGUAGUGACCGAGAGAACUGUCUGACUUCAUUGUUAUAGCUUAUUAAAUACAGGGUGUGUUGUAAACGAUUCCGAAAAGGUGGCAACAGAAAAAAAUAAUAUCGAGGAGUGAUAGACUAUUUGGCUUAAGCGAGAUUUUUGCAAUAUUAUAGGUGGGUAAUUUUAAAAUUUGGAAUAAAUAUCAUAACCAAAAAUAAACUUCUUCAGCUGAUACUAAUACUAAAUAAAACGGACAUUUAAUUACAAAGAUAAAUGUCGUGUAUUAAGCGAAAUUUCGCUUAAACCAAUUAGCCCUUCGAUUUUUUGUCUUUACACGCAAUGUAUGUUAAAAGAGCAGCGGACGCACGGAAUUAUAUGAAUAUAUUUGGAUUUUAAGGAUCGUUUAAACAAUAGCCUAACACUUCUUGCUAUCGCAUCUUGUAAUCUUUUGUGUCACAAAAAGAUACCAAGCAUGUAUCGUGAAUGAAUGAGUCUGUCUUUACAUUACAUUGCUGGUUCGUGAAAUUUAAAAUUAUCAAAACGAAAACUAUCGAUAAUUUGAUAGCUUUUUAUUUGCUUUUGUUAUGAUAAUUUACUAAGAGAACAUUAUUAAGUCUAGGAUUCGGGAAAGUUUCUAUACACCCUAUACGCAUAGGUAUAUUACGUGUUGGCCUGAGUUUACUGCGACGCUUAUCGAGGCACUGCGGGAGGGGCGAUGCUUAAUGCGAAUGCUCUGUAAUUAAACUCGAGAUAUUUUAAUCGAUUUUUUAUCGAUUAUAAUAUGUUAGAAAUAAUUGACCAAUUCGAAUGAUGAAUCAUCUCUAUCCGACUAUUAAUAAUGAAAUGAAAGUGAUAAUGAAAUGAUAACUUUUAUAUACCUUACCUUAUAUACCUUAUUGCAUACCAAAACACAACAUUAAAAAAAGUUAACAAGCAGAUACAUUUGUAAAUAGAUACAUUUGUAUUGAAAACCGGGCUAUAGAUGUUUCACAUCAAAAUAUGAAAUCACCGCUGAAAUUUAAUUAAAAUACAAUCGAUAUUUUUGUUUGGUACGGGUCUUAUAAUCAGAGAAUUCAUAAGUGAAACUAGCUUUUCCCGCAGCGCGACUUUUUAUCGUCGCAGUGAAUUAGAACCAGCCCAAUGUAAAUGUUUAGUAGAUGUAACGUAACUACACACGUUAGUUGGAUUCGAAAUCAUUGUUGAACUUGUAAAGGAUAUAUAAAUAAAUACGCUUGUGUAAUAAUGCUUCGUUAAAGACGUUCGGAAACUUCCAUUGUGCGACGGUGGUGCACUCUAGUCGAGUUUUUGAAGACGAUGAAAGCAUAAUUUUUUUUUUUUUUUAUAAUAAACAGAAGUGGUUUUGUAAAUUAUUCGAAUAUAAGUCGAUGUGAUAAUAUAGUUAUUGUUAUUUCAUUGAUGUUUCAUGUCACAUUAAAUGUUUUUUUUUCUUUUUCGAUAGUUGUACAUAUGUAGCAUAGGGGAGAACGCUCCGUUAAUCUCAUAGACGCUAGUUUUAUGCCGAAUGUUUGUUUGUUGUAAUGAUUGACAAUAUCGAUUUACCGACCGAUAAAGUCAAGAGAAUUAUAGAAAUUUGUUGAAAAUUUAUCAACAAAAAAGACAGUUUAUUGUUUAAAAAAAAAGCUAAUAUUUAUCAAUAUUCAAUGAUAUUGCUUCGGUUUAAAUAUAAUCUACACGCGCAAUAACAAUGUAACUCCGACAACACACUGGCGCUAUUCUUGGCGAAGGCUUCUGACUGAAAAUUAUUGCCAGCAAUAAUAAAAAUUAUAUUCGAGGCAUCACAAAAUUGCAUUUGCAUUCUGUGCUCUUUAUUUUUGGGUAAAUAUAAUUUAGUUUUGUGCUAGUCUAAACUGACCGUUGCCGAAAACACAAAUAAACAAACAAAAGCGACGUAGUAGUGAUUUUAUUGUUUUGAUCUAUUUCAAUUUACGUGAACCCGCGAUCUGCACGCGCUAGGUUGUUGACCCCUGAACUUCAUAUGAUCAUAAAUUGUAUGACAUCGCGCGCAGUACCAUGAGUGUUAUUAAGAUAUUGUAGUCCGAUUGAAUUUAGCAUAAUAUUCAAAUAUCGGCAUAUAACACUCAAAUAGUCCGCGACCAAAGAAACUGUAUAUGUAUUCAAAACGUCAGAUGUGAAAGGAAAAUCAUAAAUGCGUUAUUGAGCAGUCAAAGUGGUCUUAAGUAUGUCUAUGAAGGCCAAAGGAUGCACUUUUGUUUCUAGAAUCACAAAGCGAAGCGUUUCGUAUUUCUUUUCGAGAACGUUCGAUUUCUCAAAUCGGUGCAAGAAUCGAUGUUGUCAAUCUACACAUAUACCUUGUAAAUAAUUAUGAUUCUCAAUAACCAUUGUUAAUGUAUCUGUAUCGUUAUUUCGUUAUGUUAUUAUAAUUUAUUUGUAUUUCGUUUUCAUCUGUCCCUUUAUAAAUGAAGCUAAUUUAUGUUUCUUUAAAUCUAAUUAUGAGUACAUUUUCGAAUAGAAAUCUUAUUUAAAUGAUCAAUGAUAUCGUAAGAUGAAGUCUAAAUCGUUAUUAUUAAAAGUUAUCAUCGUUACCGUUUAAAUCUUAAAAUUAAAGUUUACAUUAGGAAUAUGUUAAAAUAUAAAAUUAAUAAAACAAGCAGAAAUAUGUUAACCCGUGAAACUGUUUAUAAAUCGUGUCCUCAUAUUUGAAAACGCUGUAAAAUAAUGAAGUUACCUAAGCAAACUCUUCCCUAAUUGUUAUCUAUCCACUAAAAGAAUAUCUGAAGUCUUCAAUUUACAAAGACUUGUCGUACCAAGUAAUUUUUUCAUUAAAAUAUAUACCCUCCCAAUAAGGUUUUGAAUGUGUAUAAAUAAUUAUAUCGAGGCUUGAAUGGCUAUUUGAUUCGUUUACUGGUGGUAGGACAUGUUGUGAGUCCGCGCGGGUAGGUACCACCCUGCCUAUUUGUGCCGUGAAGCAGUAAUGCGUUUCGGUUUGAAGGGUGGGGCAACCGUUGUAACUAUACUGAGAUCUUAGAACUUAUAUCUCAAGGUGGGUGGCGCAUUUACGUCGUAGAUGUCUAUGGGCUCCAGUAACUACUUAACACCAGGUGGGCUGUGAGCUCGUCCACUCAUCUAAGCAAUAAAAAAAAAAUUUAAGCGACAUUUUGCUUAAUAUCCGACAUUCAUCUUUGUAAUUAAAGGUGCAUUUUAUUUGGUAUUAAAAGCAACAGUUCGAUGUUAUUAAUUGAACUUCAAUUAAAUUUAUUCCAUUCAAAUAGCUAAAGAAGUUUUCUUGUUUGAAAUUUUAAACUUUAAAUGAUCUCUUGUAAAGUUUUAAAAAUGUCGUCUAAACCAAAUAUCCGUUCACCCCUCGAUAUAUUUCACUAUUCGAAUUAUUUAGCUUCAUAACCAAAUACAUUGCAGUUUCCUCCUAAUUAAAUUUCUUUAGAUUUAAAGGAAUUGUAAAAUCGACCCUCUCGUGAACGUUUAGGUGCUAGAUUUGUUUGCGCUCGUAUCGGGACUAGCUUUAAUGUAGUUUGACUACUUCUGUCAGAUAAUAAUGGGCUGUCGAAUAAAAAGUACAACGAAAAGAAACAAGUCUUCAUGUGAAUUAAUUUAUAAUGUCGACGCUUGAAAGGCAAACGUGACUAAGCGACAAUAACUGCUUUGUACCUACAUAAAUGAUAGGCAAUAACCAUAUUCGAUGCGCAAAAAAUUUAUAUUUCUAAGUCUAUUAAAAUCAUUUCAAUCCUACAGCUACUAGCUAGAUUCUACUACAGCUGGAUUCGUUAAAAUAAAUUUUGUUUUCAGGUAUUUCAACUUUAAAUUAGUCUACUGUAAAGUUCACGCUAGUCUACUGUAAAGUUCACGCAUUGUCGUUUAGUCACGUUUGCCUUUCAAGGGUCGAUUGUGUACUUUCAAUGCGACUCGCAAUGAUGCUGUGUAAAUAGGAAAGAGAUAUUUGUUUUUUUUUGUUUCAUUUUGUCUGUAUAUGAGUUAGCGAAGAUGUUUUUCUCGAUAUCUUUAAAUCACACUACAAUGUUACCAAUAUUAUAAUUACAUUCGUGUAAUCUAUUUACAUUGUAACUUUAGUUAAAAGUGAAAAAUUUAUUGAACUCUGUAAUAUUAUUGUAAAAUUCUUUUGACAUGAUAAUACAUAAUAAUAUAAAUGUAGUUAGUUCAUUAUUGUAUUAUAAUUACAUGUGUGUUUCAAAUGAAUGUUGUGAUUUUAGGGGCAUAGUUUUAAUGCAUAAGCUUUGUAUUUGUGAAUGAAAUAGUUAGCAAAGACGAUGAAGAAUGAUUAUUUUAAAGGACUUUUAAGCCCUUUUAAACAAUAAUUAAAAUAGUUUGUACGAAAAUCUAAAUUAGACAAAAUUAAUAAUAAAAUCGUUUGUAAUAUUUUUCUAAAUUAUCUUUAACUUUUGUUCUCAAAAAAUGUUUAAAAAAAAAAUCCAGACUUGACACGGUAAUGUACGACAAACAAGCGGGCGCCAUCAGUGCCGCUGACGUCACUAGAUUAUUAUUAACAAUACUUUUGUGUGCUUUGUUCUAAUAAAACUAAUAUCUUCUUUAUGAUGUUCGCAUAGGAAAGAUGUUGAAUAGGUAGUUGAUUGGUCUCAAACCUAAGACAGGGAAGAUAAAAGAUUGACAGGGCUAGGUUAAGUAUAGGUUUGGGAAACUGUUCUGUUGGGGAUGUUGAUAGUGCUCUCGUUCCGGUAAUUUCAUUUACAAAAUGAAUUCAUGAGCUCACACGAAAGAGAAUUGAAAUUGUAACUUCAAUGAAAUAGUACAUCACUUACUUUGGGAAAUGAAAUUGUGACUUCUUAUAGAGAUAGUGCAAUAGGAGAACAUCUUGGUUCGUCACAAUUUUCUUUCGUCGGGAGUGUCCAUUUUUUAUCACUGUGGAAGCGAAAGUUCGUUGAAAAUUAAAAUUAGUAAAAAACGAUUAAAGAAGUAUGUUUAAAAAAAGGUUGAUUAAGGGGUCCAAGAGCCGUUGAGUGGAUGGAGAGAAAGCCCGCUCCACAGAUCCGAAAGAUAAUGCCGAUACUAUAAAUAAAUCUAGGCUAAGCUAUAUAUAUUAAUAAAAGUAAAUGCGCAAGCGUCAUGAAAAAUGAAGCAUGCUGAAGUACUAAUUUAUUAGAAUAUUUAAUCGGAAAGAAAGUGGCACCUUCUCCCCUCAAAGUGGGGACCGAAACCGAACCUUCGCUUCUGGCGUGACUAAAAGUAUUGUUCGUAUCACAUCAAACAUAUCUAUUUUCAAACAAUCUAAAAAAUGAUUUAUGUAUUUAUUAUUUAUUCGAGGAUUGACUAAUCAACAUCCCUACUUAGAAUAUUUGUGAGGGAGAUUCAGUAAGGAAUUGUAAGAAAGAAAAAAAGAAGAAGAGUAUGAAAGAGGCAGAGUCGAUAAGAGAUACUGUCAUAGGAAAAGGACAAGUUAAAAUGCGUGCCUUCUCAAAUGUACACUGUCGCCAUUGCGACAUCGUUCAUUACGUAAUGACAGGUGGUUGUGUACUGAAAAGUACACAUUCUACUAUCCUGUUUAUCUCUAUCGCAGAGUCCCUCUCGAAAAUGGGACUACCGUCAUACUUUCUAUAUAUAUUAUUAUGUAUAUAUGUAUAUUACUAUUUAUAUAUAUAUAUAUUUACUUACUCUAUGUAUAUUCGUCCUCGUGUCUUAAAGUUGGUGGUGAUAUUCGCGUUUCGAUGUCAUACGACUUGGAGAGACAACGUCUGUAACAAAACGAAUCUCUUCUCGUGCUUGCCGUGAUCGCGUACAUGUGAAUCUUCGAGAUAAUGUUGAAAAAAAUACAAAGUUGCUUUUUUUUUAAAUUUAAUAAUCGUAAGUAUAACUAAACGUUUUGGACAAGGUAUUUGUAAUGCUAUAAUAAUGGAAAAUAAAAAAAAUAUACUUAUUUGACACGUGGUAGAAGUGAAAACUUUCAAAGGUGUUCCAUCUUAUUCUCGCACAUUAAAUCACAUGUAUAUGUUUGUCUCUUUUUAGUGUUGUUUUUUUGUUCCAUCGAGUUUUAAAUCAACGGUGCUAAGGAAGUUUUCACUUCCAAAAAUCUAAACUGAGAAAUCGAGUUAGUGGCGAGAUCGCCCACCGUAUAUCUUACAUACUUUCUUUUCUUUUAUAUUGUGUUCAUUAAAGUAUAGGAAAUUGUAAAUGUGCCAAUUAAUUUUGGACGUCAGACAACGUUUCAUAGUAAUGAAAGUAACAGACAUUUAAAUUGUUUUAUUUUGUUAGGUUAGGGGCAAAUUUUUCAAUAUCAAAAUACAAUUUAGUCACCGGAGAGAACCGAACACGUACCUUAAACAAGUAAAUCAUCAGAUAGGAUUAGGCUAAAAUAAUAUUAUAAAAAAAAAGUGAUAGACUGAAACAGUUCUUCUGUCGCGUAGAUAGGUGUCAAAAUUGAAUGCAUAAUCAGUUCAUUGCGUAUUGAAGUUUUUUUUUGUUUCAAAAAUCGUGUCAUCGUGUAAAUGGUAUGUAAUGUGUAGAUAAAUUUAUAAUUGCUUCGUCGUCACGUAACUAUUUCUGAACGGAAUACUUUAUUUAUGACAAAGUUAUGUUUUUCAUGUUAAUAUAAAGAAUGAAAACUUA